AUGAAGAACAGAGGGUGGUCUACGAUAAAGUUAUUGAUUGUUUUAAAUAAGAGACAUGGAUUCUUUUUUGUGUAUGGGUUUGGUGGCACUGGAAAAACUUUUUUAUACAGAGUUUUGUCAGCUAGAUUGCGAUCUGAGAAAAAGAUUGUUAUUAAUGUUGCUUCUAGUGGUAUUGCUUCUCUGUUGUUACCGGGUGGUAAGAUGGCACAUUCUAUGUUCAAUAUUCCUGUUGAGCUUACUGAAGACACUGUUUGCCGGAUUAAGAAGGAUAGCCCAAAGGCUGAGGUAUUUCGAAUUGCUGAUUUGAUUAUUUGGGAUGAGGCACCCAUGACUAACAAAUUAGCAUUUGAAGCGCUCGAUAGGACGUUGCGUGAUAUAAUGGUUUCGGUCUCUGAUAGGAAUAAAAAUUUACCUUUUGGUGGGAAGGUGGUUGUUCUUGGUGAUUGGAUACUUCAAAUCGGUGAAGGUCGAUGUGGAACAGUGGUUAACGAUAAACUUUUUGUUGAUAUUCCUUCUGAUCUAAUCAUUCCUGUCUUGGAAAAUCCAGUGGAAGAUAUUGUAAAUACAAUAUACCCGAAUUUGGUUCAGAAUUUUCGUGAUCCAAGUUUCUUCCAAGAUAGGGCAAUACUUGCUCCGACUGUUGACAAUGUUGAAGAGAUAAAUAAUUAUAUAGUUGAUUUGUUGCCCGGUGAGGAGAAAAAUUAUCUCAGUGCUGAUUCGAUAUGUGGUAGUGAUGCCUAUUCUGAUGUUGAUGUUGAUUGGAUAACUGUUGAAUUCUUGAAUCAGAUUAGGUGUUCUGGUCUACCUAAUCAUUCAUUAAAGUUGAAAAUAGGCGUUUCUAUUAUUUUGUUGAGGAAUAUUGAUCCAGCCGGUGGUUUGUGUAAUGGGACUCGACUUGUCGUGCGAGAUCUAGGGACAAAUGUCAUUGGUGCAGAUAUUGUUUCUGGUAGCAAUGUUGGGGACAAAGUUUUUAUCACCAGAAUGAGUAUGAUUCCUAGUGAUACGGUUAUACCGUUUAAAUUCCAACGCCGUCAAUUUCCGGUUUCUCUGUCCUUUGCGAUGACAAUCAACAAAAGCCAGGGUCAGACAUUAUCAACGGUCGGUUUGUUCUUGCGUCGUCCUGUGUUUUCUCAUGGUCAACUUUAUGUAGCUCUUUCCCGGGUUCGGAAUAGAAACGGUCUUAAGAUUUUACUUUGUGAUGAAGGAUUAGAUAAUGCUGGUAGGACUGAAAACGUUGUCUUUAAGGAAGUUUUUGAUAAGAUAUAA